GGAAGAGAAGACAGUCCUUUUCCCGGCCAUCUUGUGGCAGUUUUAGCGAGUUGUUCGCGUCAAGCCUCGUAGUAUCGGAGGAAAAUCCCGUAGAAAGGGCGCCAUCAUGCCCGGACAUCUACAAGAAGGUUUUGGCUGUGUGGUCACGAAUAGGUUUGACCAGUUAUUUGAUGAUGAGUCGGACCCUUUUGACAUUUUAAAAGCUGCUGAAAACAAGAAAAAGGAAAGCGCUAAUCAAAGUGCAGCAAAGACUGCUGCUCAGGCCGCUAAGCAGGCUAAAAGGGAGUCACAGAAGGACAGGCGGACUCCUUUACCUGAAAAGAAGGAAGACCUUCCUGCGCCUGUGGCAUUAAAAAAGGAAGGUAUAAGGAGGGUUGGGCGCAGGCCUGACCAGCCACAGCCGCUUCAGGGUGAAAUAAAGCCUGGUGAGAGGAGGCCAGAUAGGCGGCCACCCCGUGAACGUCGUUUCGACAAACCAACAGAAGAGAAACCUGAAGGAGGAGGAGGAGGCGGUGGAGACUUUUUUGUGGAAAAACCUAUAGGUGACAGGCCCUUACGUGGUCGUGGUGGUGGCAGAGGCCGUGGCGGCCGUGGCCGUGGCCUGGGCAGAGGAGAUGGCUUUGACAUGCGUGGGAAACGGGAAUUUGACAGACACAGUGGAAGUGACAGGUCUAGCAUGAAGCAUGAAGACAAACGUGGCGGCAGUGGAUCUCACAACUGGGGAACAGUCAAAGAUGAGCUGAGUGAACUCGAUCAGUCAAACGUUAGUGAAGAAGCACCUGAAGGAGAAGAGACUCCUGUGGCGAACUCUGAAAACAAGGAGAAUGAAGUUGAAGAGGUCAAAGAAGAAGGUCCCAAAGAAAUGACCCUUGAUGAGUGGAAAGCCAUGCAGGAUAAGGAUCGUGUGAAGGCAGAGUUUAAUAUCCGUAAACCCAACGAGGGAGCUGAUGGCCAGUGGAAGAAAGGAUAUGUGCUUCACAAGUCUAAGAGUGAGGAGGUACAUGCAGAUGAUGGAUUUGCUGACCACCAUGUUCGAAAGCCCGCAAAUGACAUCACUUCUCAGCUUGAGAUCAAUUUUGGAGACCUUGGACGACCAGGACGUGGUGGCAGAGGAGGAAGAGGGGGUCGUGGCCGUGGUGGUGGUGGUGGAGGUGGAGGAGGUGGAGGAGGAGGAGGAGGUGGUGGAGGAGGAGGAGGAGGAGGAGGAGGUGGUGGAGCUGUAAGACCCAGUCGUGGGCGACCUGAUAAGGUAGGAAACGCUUCAGCUCCUGAUGUAGAUGAUCCCGAAGCAUUUCCAGCAUUGUCCUGAUUGGAUUGUCAGCUGGCCAUGGUGCCCUUGUGGACCCUCCUCUACGAGGCUUGCAUGUUUAUGGAUCCUCAAAAUCGAUAAUGAAAUAGAAAGACUGUCAUUCAUGCCAUUCGCACCUAAAGACUGAAUUUUAUCUGUUUUAAAAAUGGACUUCUCUCGCUACACAGAAGCAAAAAUAUUGGUAGUAGGUUUUGUAUUUAGAAAUGUAAUGGUAGCAGGGAUGUUUUCAUAAUUUUACAGAGAUUAUGCAUUCUUCAUGAAUACUUUUUUGUAUUGCUGCUUGAAAAUAUGCAUUUCCAACUUGAAAUAUAGGUGUGAACAGUGUGUACCAUUUAA